AUUUAGUUUAAGCUUGUAAAUGAAGCACAGAGACAGUAAAACAGCAGAGCUAACUAGGAGUGGAUACCACAAGGAAAAAACAAGGUUCCUCAAUCAGAGCUCCUAAUUCACAAUGAAGCCAGUGUUUUUCGGCAUGACCGUCCUGCUUAUUUCCUACAACUGUUUGAGUGAUGAACACAUUUACACAUAUAUCGGUCUGGUCAUCUGCUUCAUGCUCUGGGCUAAAACGGUAUUCCACGGAGAAAAUGGCUUGUCGGAUGGAUUUGGCCGGGCGGUGUUGAUUACAGGUUGUGAUAGUGGAUUUGGACAUUUCCUUGCAAAGAAACUGGACCGCAUGGGCUUCACAGUGUUUGCCGGAUGUUUAUGUGCUGAGGGUCCCGGGGCUCAGAGUCUGGUUGAAGAAGGCUCUGACCGUAUGAAGGUGCUCCAGCUGGAUGUGACCAAAGAUGAAGAUGUCAGCUUGGCCAAGGAUUUUGUGCAAGCAAAUUUGCCAGAGAAGGGCCUCUAUGCUGUGGUAAAUAAUGCUGGAAUCAGCGACUGGGGAGAGACCGAGUGGAGCACUGCCAAGGACUUCCAGAAGAUGGCUGACGUUAACUUGUUUGGUGCCAUCAGAGUCACUAUCCCAUUCUUGCCACUUGUCAGAGCAUCCAAAGGUCGUAUGUUAUAUGUGUCAAGUAUCUUUUCUUUCUUCAACUGUCUGAACAUGGGAGCAUACUGUGUAUCCAAACGGGGACUGGAAGCAUUUGCAGACUGCUUGAGAGUAGAGAUGGCCAGCUUUGGAGUUAAGGUCAGUAUUAUUCAGCCUGGAAAUUUUGGCAUAGCCACAAACAUUCUGCCCAAGAAAACACCGCAAGACAUAUGGGAUGAAUUUGAUGAUGCACGUAAACUAACAUUCAACCAAAAAUACAUUGAGAUGGCAUUUGAAUAUUUUAAUUUAUUGUGUACUUCAGGAUUUAAGGAUUGCUCUAUGGUUAUCAAUGCCAUGUUACACGCUCUCACUGCUCCCAAACCUCAAACCCGAUACCUGCUCGUAUCCUGGAGAGAUAUGUUUUUUUUCUACAUAUGCCCUUUUCUCCCUACUUAUAUCACUGAUUCUGUGUUUUAUGUAAGUUCCAUGUAUCACAAGCGCAGAGUAAUGCUUUACUCAUAA